UCUGGGAGGCCGCUGCGCGCGGCCAGGGCCGUGGCACAUGCGCUUUAAGGAAAGAUGGCACCUGCCGGCUGCUGUUGCUGCUGCUACUGCUGCUGCUGCUGUUGGGGCGGCGCUGUGGCCGCCGCGGGCGCAGCUCGGCGCGUCCUGGUGCUGCUGCUGCUGGGGGUCCUGCCCUCGGGGCCGCACCUGGGCGCCCUGGCCACCGAGCACUACACGCCGCUGUCCUUGCUCAAGCAGGAGCUGCAGCACCGGCAGCAGCAGGAGGCCCCGACGGGCGGCGGCUGCAGCCCGCAUACUGGGGACUGGGGGGACCAGUACUCGGCCGAGUGCGGCGAGCCAUCCUUCCUGAGCUUCCACGACUCGGACUGCGAGGCCCGAGGAUUGCCGCCCUGCGACUCGCUGCUGUCCCUCAACACCGAGAAGAUCCUGAGCCAGGCCAAGACUAUUGCAGAACAGAAGAGAUUCCCAUUUGCCACUGAUAACGACAGCACCAAUGAGGAGCUAGCUAUCGCUUAUGUGUUGAUUGGCAGUGGUCUCUAUGACGAAGCAAUAAGACACUUCUCCACAAUGCUUCAGGAGGAGCCUGAUCUGGUUAGUGCCAUUUAUGGCCGAGGGAUAGCCUAUGGAAAGAAGGGCCUGCAUGACAUUAAGAAUGCUGAGCUUGCUCUGUUCGAACUGAGCCGAGUAAUUUCCUUGGAACCAGACCGCCCAGAGGUAUUUGAGCAGCGAGCAGAAAUCCUGUCCCCUCUGGGACGAAUUAACGAGGCCGUGAGCGAUCUCACCAAGGCCAUCCAGCUGCAGCCCUCGGCACGCUUGUACCGACAUCGGGGGACCCUGCACUUCAUAUCCGAGGACUACGCCACGGCCCACGAGGACUUCCAGCAGUCCCUGGAGCUGAACCGGAACCAGCCCGUCGCCAUGCUCUACAAAGGGCUGACCUUCUUCCACCGCGGACUCCUGAAGGAAGCUAUCGAAUCCUUCAAAGACGCUUUGAAGCAGAAGGUCGAUUUCAUCGACGCGUACAAAAGUCUGGGGCAGGCCUACAGAGAACUGGGCAACUUUGAAGCGGCCACCGAGAGCUUUCAGAAGGCCCUGCUGCUCAACCAGAACCACGUGCAGACCCUGCAGCUCCGGGGCAUGAUGCUGUACCACCACGGCAGCCUGCAGGAGGCCCUGAAGAACUUCAAGCGGUGUCUGCAGCUGGAGCCGUACAACGAGGUGUGCCAGUACAUGAAGGGGCUCAGCCACGUCGCCAUGGGGCAGUUCUACGAGGGGAUAAAGGCGCAGACCAAAGUCAUGCUGAACGACCCUCUGCCGGGCCAGAAGGCCAGCCCGGAGUACCUCAAAGUGAAGUAUCUCCGAGAGUAUUCUCGGUACCUGCACGCACACCUGGACACCCCCCUCACGGAGUACAACGUCGACGCGGACCUGCCGGGCAGCUUCAAGGACCACUGGGCCAAGAGCCUGCCCUUCCUCAUCGAGGACUACGAGGAGCAGCCGGGGCUGCAGCCCCACAUCAGAGACGUGUUGCAUCAGAACUUUGAGAGCUACAAGCCCGAGGUCCAAGAGCUGAUUUGCGUGGCCGACCGGUUGGGAUCGCUGAUGCAGUACGAAACGCCAGGCUUCCUGCCAAACAAGAGGAUACACAGAGCCAUGGGCUUGGCGGCGCUGGAAGUCAUGCAGGCCGUGCAGCGCACGUGGACCAGCUCGAAGGUCCGGGUGAACGGGAAGACGCGGCUGAUGCAGUGGAGGGACAUGUUCGACAUCGCCGUCAAGUGGAGGCGGAUUGCGGACCCAGACCAGCCGGUGCUAUGGCUAGACCAGAUGCCAGCCCGAAGUCUCAGCAGAGGUUUCAACAACCACAUCAAUCUAAUCAGGGGUCAGGUGAUUAACAUGAGAUACCUGGAAUAUUUUGAGAAAAUUCUUCAUUUUAUUAAAGAUAGAAUUCUUAUUUAUCACGGCACUAAUAACCCUAAAGGCUUGUUGGAAGUUCGAGAGGCUCUGGAAAAGGUGCACAGAGUGGAAGACCUUCUUCCCAUCAUGAAGCAGUUUAACACUAAAACGAAGGAUGGGUUCACGGUGAACACGAAAGUCCCCAGCCUCAAAGAGCAAGGGAAGGAGUACGACGGAUUCACAGUCACGAUUACGGGAGACAAGAUUGGCAACAUACUCUUUUCGGUGGAAACUCAGACCACAGAAGAAAGGACACAGUUGUACCAUGCCGAAAUAGAUGCACUUUAUAAAGACCUCACGGCCAAAGGAAAAGUCCUCGUUCUUUCGUCAGAAUUUGGGGAGGCUGACGCUGUUUGCAACUUAAUCUUAUCCUUAGUUUACUACUUUUAUAAUUUAAUGCCGCUCUCACGAGGAUCCAGUGUGAUCGCCUAUUCGGUGAUUGUGGGAGCGCUGAUGGCAAGCGGAAAAGAAGUAUCAGGGAAAAUCCCCAAAGGGAAGCUAGUUGACUUUGAAGCUAUGACAGCCCCUGGUUCAGAGGCCUUCAGCAAAAUAGCCAAAAGCUGGAUGAACUUGAAAAGCAUCUCACCUUCUUAUAAGACCCUCCCGGCCGUCUCAGAGACGUUCCCGACGCUACGGUCCGUGAUCGAGGUGCUGAACGCCGACUCCUCGCCACGCUGUCUUAAGAAACUCUAGUCACGCUGCAGUAUUUAUACAAGGGGAGGGCCAGACCUCUUGCUUCUUAAGUUAUUUUUAAAAUGUGGAAUUACAAAGAUUAGGUCCUUUAUUACUUUUGAUACCAGCUUUUGAUAGGAAUUGAAUACUUGAAAUCAUUGUCUUUCCUUUCUGAACCACCACAGAAAUCACGGAGGAGGGUUUUCGGGGGAAAGGCUGUAAUGUCCGGGAGUAGAGGCUUGUUCGUUAGCCCGUGGCCUGUCGCUUUCCGUACAAAGUCGUACAGCUCCUUCCUUACAGCAGAACAGUGGACUUCAGACACCAAACAUCAAUCAUUAAAAGGGAAAAAACCAACAACAGCAGUAUUUCCAUUCCUUUCAAGAUCCACAUUUUUCCCCCAAGAUUUUUGUUUCGUGCACAUGGUGCUGGGCAUCUUAUUUCCAACCCACAUGACCUUGGUGCGCGGGUUCUCCGCUGUCUUCGACCCGUGGGAGGCCCGUGGGCUGUCCAUGCGGGCCACGGAGCUCACAGCCUGGAGCGCCGCGGCCAGUGGUGCCGACGGUGUUUGCCCGUGACCCAGACACUGAAUUACGGAACCAUGUUCUUUUUCUUUCUGUUGGAAAAAAUAAACAGGGGUGAUUUCUCUAAAUCACCAGAUUUUGACACUGGA